GGACACAAGGCUGAGUGAGUGAAGAGCAGAUGUCAGAUCAGUGGGGAGGCUUUGGGGGUUGUUAAUUUAUAAUAUUACAUUCAGGUAGAAGAGCUUCUGUGUGGCUGUUUGAUGAGGGGUCAGGUGGAAUAACUUACUGGCGUGCUUUCAAGGAGAUUAUGAGGUUUUUAAAAAUGAUUUAGAGUAGUUGAAUGGUGCUUGUAAACAAGCUGGGUGGGGGAUGUGAAGUAUGGAUCUUUAUCAACAAGAGAGAAAGAGGUGGGGGAAGGCUGGGAGCGUGAUGGGGGAGGCCAAAGAAUGCCACAUGGUUUGAAGAGCCAUUAUAAAGCUGUAAGGCAGGCAGGAGAUUGGGUUGAAAUGUGCCAAUGACCUGCCUUUAGUUGAGCUGUUGGAGGAAUUAAAAUCAACUCAAGGAAGUCUUUUUUUUAUAUAUAUAUAGGAGCAGACAUGUUCAGGAGCAGUAGAUAGACAGUGGCUUUUGUGGGGAAAAAACUAGGCUCUGACACUGAACAAUGCGCCUCAUCCAUGGAUCAUUUUGGGGCAUGAUUCUCCAGAUGUGUGCCACAGGCUCCGCAGCAAACUGUCGGUGACACAUUUAAAACAAAUCUGCCCGCCCUCCCCUGCUCUCCUCGCGCCGCUGCAGCUUGUGUUACAGUGUCACUAUAAAAUAUUCAUCCAUGGAAAAUCUCUUUGAUUCCAGCCGGUCACUUGGCUUCACGCGCCAGGUUAAAGUCAGCCUAAACAUGUAACUCAAACUAGAGCGUCGGCAGACUCCAUCCAUCCAGCAGGCUCAACCUCCGCUUCUGCUCCCACAUUUGCUCUGUCAGAGGGACACCGGGUGAACCGUCUGCUCUGCCUGUGCCAUCCUAACUCAUCCACGGAGGUUUGGGGGGAAAAAGGAGGAUGUCCGCACCCUCUCCAACAGGAGGGCCGGGUAAAGGUGGCGGAGAAGACCCCGCCAAGUCCACCGAGCAGGAGGACCGGACUCGACCUCAGAUCCUGUCGGGAUCGGGCUUCUGCAAAUGGUUCAACGUCCGGAUGGGCUUUGGAUUUAUCUCAAUGACCAGCAGCGAUGGGAGCCCCGUCGACCCCCCUCUGGAUGUUUUCGUCCACCAAAGCAAACUGGUGAUGGAGGGCUUCCGCAGCUUAAAGGAGGGUGAGCAGGUGGAGUUCACCUAUAAGAAGUCCUGUAAGGGCCUGGAGUCCCUGCGGGUGACCGGACCUGGUGGGGGACCCUGCGCAGGCAGCGAGAGGAGACCCAAAGGGAAGGUCCCACUCCAGAAACGCAAACCAAAGGGAGACCGCUGUUAUAACUGUGGAGGUCUGGAUCACCAUGCCAAGGAGUGUGGCCUGCCCCCCCAGCCAAAGAAAUGCCACUACUGCCAGAGCAUCACGCACAUGGUGGCUCAGUGUCCCCACAAGGCGCUGGCGCCCGCCACAGGCUCUCAGGACCAACAUGCGUCUACCUCGGCCUUCAGCCCAGGGACCGGGCCCUACCUCUGCCCCCCCGAGGAGGAGGAGCGCUCCGGCUCGUCUCCCCUGGAGGGCUCCUCCUCCUCCCCCGAGGAGCCCCACACACACCGCGGCCCCCGGACCCAGAGGUGGAGGAAAUCCUGAAGAAAGCCCAUAGAGGUGAACCUGUCACCUGCUAACUCCCAGACCCUCAUGUCUCCCCUCAAUCAAGGAUACCUGAAGCCCCCCCUGCCCCCCCACCCUCAUCUACCUCACACCUGUGAAAAAAAUGGGAGGUCUUGAUUUCUUUACUUUUAUUUUAUUUUUUAUUUUUCUAACCAGCGCAGCUAUGGCAACGAUCAACGGGGUACGGACGUGCGUGAAUGUGUGUGACUGACUUGCAGUCAUCUUGUGCAGCUAUGGCAACCACCGCUGGAAUGGUGACUGCAGGGAAUGACUGUUUUUCUUGUUUCAAUCAGUGCAGCUCAAGAGUGAAACAACGUGGUAUGAAUCUUGUUUUUCUUUUUCCUCCUCGGACCUAAGUGUUGGCCAUUUCGAAUGCUUUUGUUUCCUUACAGAUGUUGUUGAUUUUACAGCCACAAAUGUCUGUCCUGUAGGCCUAAUCAUUCCGCAAAUCAUGUUGCAUCCUUACGGCACACACGGUAGCUCAUUUAUAAGAAGGAUUAGAAGAAGACUUUUAAAAGCUUGAGACCCUCUAAGCGAUAAUCCAGACCCGUUAGGAUUGUUAGCUCGGCUUAUGAAGAUCUGUAGGGAAACUUUACGGAUUCCAGAGGGAAUUUUUCUAAAGGCGGCGAGCUGCUAAAACACAUUCUCUAUAACCUCGAAACGCUCACAAACCUCUCCCUUACAUGAAAUAGACUGGACCAACUGAUUGUCACAGAGUGUGUGUUUGUAUGCGUGUGUCGGGCAUGCUCCGAAAGAAACUGUCAGACCGGCCUCUUCUCCGGGCGCGAGUCAACACUAUUAACGUUUCCUAUUAUUAGACAUAGACCAGCUUAGAUAAGACAUCAUGUAAUCCAGCUAGAUCCUAGUUUAGAUUCAAGGUAAUGAAUCAAUCAUUAGACUUCCAUUUUGGUUGUUGCAUAAUUAGUUGAAAAUAACAUUACAGUUUAUAAAAUCAUAGUAUAAGUCAUUAAUAUAUAUGUAAAGUCACAAGAUAUAAUUGAAAUUCUAUUAACUUUAAGUAAUGCAUAUAUAAGGAAUUAGCUCUGACAUAGGUGAAUAGCCCUGUAUAUUGCAUGGGACAUGUUGUUGUGUGAAAACUUGUAGCUCUCUCUCUAUUUAACCGUUUUCAUCCAUGACAAAUCAAACUGACUUUUUGUUUUUAAACUUUACUCCACGCCUUCUUCUUCAUUAGUUCACAUAGACCGAAUCACUGUGAUGUCGCGCAAACACUUCCGGGUGGACAACUGGUUGUCAUUUUCAGCCGUAACUGUAACGUUUAAAGAUACAGAGUCAAGCAUGUUGGUCCAACCUAUCUGACGUUUCUGCUGCGCUUAGUUUUUGUACUGUGUUGCUUUAGCGUCUUUGAUAAACCAAAUCUACUGGACACUAAUUUGCUUUUCCUAGGAUGACGAAGGCAUGACCCGCCCCACACUGGCUUUCUCUGUCUCUGAUUGGCUCACCCUGACAGUCUUACCCUAAGGGUAUGGUCACAUGUGAGUGAAUACACGCGAGCAAUGAGUGAUGUGGGUGGUACCUGAUGUGACAGACACAGAAAGUUAGCUUGCUAAGAAAUACAGCAAAAUAUGAUGUUAUUGAUACAUUUACCGGUAGUAAGGUGGUGCAGUGGUUAGUAUUGUCGCCUCACAGCAAGAGGAUUCCUGGAUUCCUGGGUUCCCCACCUUGGGUUCGAACCCUUCACCCAGGGUUGGAACCCAGGGUGGGGGGCUUGAACCCUUCACCUAGGGUUCUAUGAGGAGCCUGCAUGCUCUCCCCUUUGUCAGCGUGGGUUUUCUACAGGUACUCCGGUUUCCUCCCACAGUCCAAAGACAUGCAGGUUAAUUGGUGACUCUAAAUUGCCCAUAGAUGUGAAUGUGAGUGUGAAUGGUUGUCUGUUCUGUCUCCAAUUCACCACCAACCACUGUCAUAGUCAAUAUCAUACAGUCAGCUGGUUAGACAUGGCAACAAUCAGUGUCUCCUCCAUAUACUUCUUUGCGACCGGUUGAGGCUGCGUCUUUGACGGUCAAAGCUCAAAGUUGAACUCUACGACAUGCAAUUUGCUUUGCCACCAGAAGCAAAUACUUCAUCGCCCAUCUGCUCGCAUGAAUGUUAAUUUCGCUCAUGUGCGACUGUACCCUAACCCCAACUAGUUUCACUCCUCUUGCCGAAACCUAACAAAUCCAACCAAUGAAGCAAAGUGUACCAGCCAAACAGAAAGAGAGUAGGGCGGGUCAUGCCUCCACUAUCCUCGGAAACGCCUGCAAACCAGCAACAACGGCAUAGAAGCUAAGAAAUGUACCCCUAAAAAAAAUCAUAUCAGUUCAAGUGUACACUAUAUCUGGAAUAUUUUCACUGCUUUAUGUUACACACUAACUGACAGAGGAAGCAAUAGACCAGCAAAUCCCAUGUUCUAAAAUUUUUUUGGGGGCUUUAUUGCCUUGAAAGGGGGAGAGGGUUGGAAUCGAAGCUGCGAUGGUUGCAGCAAGGACACACCCUUUGUACAUGGGUGGCCUGCUCUACAAGGUGAGCUAGUGGGCACCCCUAAAAUAACUGUUUUUGUCAAUAGAGUUUGGUGGCUUUGAGAUAGCGGCUUCAGUUCCCCAUUGGAAAGGGUUUUCUGACGGCAAGCUACAGCAGUGAAAUAUCUUGAAUAUAGCAUACAUUUAAACUGAUAUUGAUUUGUUAAGUUGGCUAAAAACUAACCAAGUAAGGAAGCAUUUGCUCAGCGUCAAGAUUUUCUACCCGGAAGUUGUUGUGAACAAACAUCGUGAUUCAAUCUAUAGUCAGCGAUCACCUCCGACCCAGCACAAAGACUCACCUUGUUUGAUUAAAGGUGUGGACCAUUACAGUGUCAUCACAGCUGCUCUUACUUACUUAAUACCUCACCAAUUCUUCCUCUUUGGAGAAACGAAUGUCACAGAACGCCAAGCUGUUUGCUCUCCCAGCUGUGUUGCAGUAAGAUCAAACCACCUGUUCCUCUUCCAUCUGUGCCUACCAGUUGUUAGUUAGCACCAGCCAGGUAAUGCUCACUCCUCUUAAGGAUGAUGAGAGGCCGUCACUGCUGCUGCUGCUGCUGCUUCAGACUCACUGAAGAGCGCGAAAGAGAUAGAGAGGGAGAGAGAGAGGGAGAGAGAGAGAAAGAGUGCUGCUUUUGGUAUAACUUGAAUCCCAAGCAUGGCUUUAGUGGCACUUAUUUGUGACCUAACAACUCUUCUCUGACCAUAUUGAAUGUGAAAAGAGCUUAUCUGAAGUGGACUCCUCACAAAGUUCUCGUCGGGGUCGCUUUGGAGUUGUAUCUUAAUGUUCUGACAAAUCAAAUAACUUUGUAUGAUGAUAUCAAACUAGCUUGUGUGUUUUUAAAAAAGAGCUCUUAAGUAGACAACCAACUUUCUUUUGGUAUAUUUCUAUACCAAAGAGUUUGGCUUUAUUUUUUUGAAGGCAUUUAAAGUUUGCUGAAGUGCUUGCUAUCCUCGCUCUGUCACAGUAAGAGCGACUUAUUGCUGAAAGCGCAACAGUGCGGUUAUUUCUUUCUUUUUUUUUUUUUUUUUUUUUA